AUGCGAUUAAUCGCUCUUGAAAAGCCCACGAUGUCGGUUGAUUCAGAAAAAUUAGCUGCAGCAGUUUUUUUAAAAGAACCAAUUUGGAACCCUCGCCAUGCUGGUCAUAGAAGUAGGACCAUUAUUCAACAGUGUUGGUCUGAUCUUAGUAAAGAGAUGAUUGUAGAUGCGGAGACUCUGAAAGCAAAAUGGAAAAAUAUGAGGGACUAUUAUCGCGCUGAAUUGAAAAAACAUCCUUCAGGAAAAUCGGGAGCUGGAGCUGAGGAUGUUAGUAAUUCUACGUGGCCGUUAUUUAAAUGUUUGUCAUAUUUACGAAAUACAAUGCAAACAAGAACUCGUUCCACAAACAUUAUAUCGAAUUUCAACUUGUCAGAAGAAGCAGACAUUGAGUCAAAUUCAUCGCAUGCAUAUGAUGUGUGCCAGACUCAGGAUAAUGGUAAUUUUACGCAAGAUAGUUCGAAUAUUAUUGAUGCCGAUCUAGAUAAUACAGACUCCGAUGUAAGCAGUCCUACAGGUGGAUUAAAAAAAAGAAACUACGAUGUACCUCAUAGACAGACGGCAGUAAAUAAUUUUAGACGAGAAUUAUUAAAUAUGGAAGCUAAAAAACUUAAACUUUUAGAAAACGAAGAAAAAGAAGAUGAGGAUUUGUUAUUUUUAAAAAGUUUAUUGCCUGAUCUAAAAAAAUUAUCGCAAACACAGAAAAUGAGGACCAAAAUUAAAUUUCAAGAGAUUUUACUUCAAGAAACUUUAAAUUUACUACAAUCAACACCAACGACAAAUCAAACAACCGUGGUCAGCAGUUUUCCAUAUAGCGCCCAAUGGCAUAUAAAUAAUGAGGGAACACAAACUUUCGAAACUAAUUUUUCUUAA